CUCUAUUGUUCUCCACCACUUUUACUACUUCUUCCUAGUUUUGUAAGCCAAACCCAACCACCAAGAUGGCCUCAUUGGCAGCCUCCACCGCUGCUGCCUCCCUCGGCGUCUCCGAAAUGCUCGGAAACCCUCUCAACUUCUCCGCUGCCGCUAGGUCAUCGGCUCCUACAGCAUCAAACGCUGCCUCCUUUAAGACCGUAGCUCUUUUCUCCAAGAAGAAGGCCGCACCUGCCAAGGCAAAGACUGUUUCUGUCUCCCCAGCUGAUGAAGAGCUGGCCAAGUGGUACGGUCCCGACAGAAGGAUCUUCUUGCCGGAAGGGCUCUUAGACAGAUCAGAGAUCCCAGAAUACUUGACCGGAGAAGUUCCCGGAGACUAUGGAUACGAUCCCUUUGGUCUGAGCAAGAAGCCAGAAAACUUUGCCAAAUAUCAAGCAUAUGAGUUGAUACACGCUAGAUGGGCAAUGCUUGGUGCUGCUGGGUUCAUCAUCCCUGAAGCCUUCAACAAAUUUGGUGCCAACUGCGGCCCUGAAGCCGUUUGGUUCAAGACUGGAGCUCUUCUUCUCGACGGUAACACCUUGAACUACUUCGGGAAGAACAUCCCUAUCAAUCUCAUCGUUGCUGUCAUUGCCGAGAUCAUUCUUGUUGGUGGUGCUGAGUAUUACAGAAUCGUUAAUGUCUUGGAUUUGGAGGACAAGCUUCACCCUGGUGGUCCAUUUGACCCACUUGGGCUUGCCAAGGAUCCCGACCAGGCUGCACUGCUGAAGGUAAAGGAGAUUAAAAAUGGUAGACUGGCAAUGUUCGCCAUGCUGGGUUUCUACUUCCAAGCUUAUGUCACCGGAGAAGGUCCCGUCGAGAACCUUGCAAAACAUCUCAGUGAUCCUUUCGGCAACAACUUGCUCACAGUCAUUGCAGGAUCUGCUGAAAGGGCUCCCACCCUGUGAUUUUAUUAUAUAUUAAAAUUUUCUCCAUAUCGUUUGCUUCAAUUCUCUUGGUAAAAUCUGUAAUGCAUUGCAUUGCAUUGAUUGUACAUCGAUCAAACCGAGACAAUUUCAAGCAGUUUAAUCUCCAGGCUUCAACUUCACUCUUUUAA